CCCAAGAGCGACCUCUAAGCCCUCCGCUGGCUUCUUAACCCUGUGGGAGUUCCUAGAAAGUGGAGGUGGCACUCUGGGAAUCUCUGACUGACAUGCUGCUGUGGCUGUGGCAUUCGCUCGUCGCCUCCUCGGUCGUUGCUGCACCACCAGCUCUGCAGAAAGCAGAAGCUGCAGAGACUCGGCCCAAUGUGGUGUUAGUAGUGAGCGACUCUUUCGAUGGAAGACUAACCUUUGAUCCAGGAAAUCAGGUAGUGAAACUUCCUUAUAUCAACUACAUGAAAGUACAUGGCACUUCCUUUCUGAAUGCCUACACAAACUCUCCGAUCUGUUGUCCAUCACGUGCAGCAAUGUGGAGUGGCCUUUUCACACAUUUAACAGAGUCUUGGAAUAACUUUAAGGGCCUGAAUCCAAAUUACACAACAUGGAUGGAUGUCAUGGGCAAGUAUGGCUACCAGACACAAAGAUAUGGAAAACUGGACUAUACGACAGGACAUCACUCUCUUAGCAAUCGUGUGGAAGCAUGGACAAGAGAUGUUCCUUUUUUACUGAGACAAGAAGGGAGACCUAUGGCUAAACUUAUCCCUAAAGAGACCGAAGUAAGAAUAAUGGAAAAGGACUGGAAGAAUACAGACAGUGCAGUAAACUGGUUAAGAAAGGAAGCAAUUAAUUCUACUCAACCAUUUGUUCUAUACUUGGGGCUAAAUUUACCUCACCCUUACCCAUCACCAUCUUCAGGAGAAAAUUUUGGAGCUUCAACAUUUCUCACAUCUUCUUAUUGGCUUAAAAAGGUGUCUUACAAUGCCAUCAAAAUUCCAAAGUGGUCAUCACUGUCAGAAAUGCAUUCUAUAGAUUAUUAUUCUUCGUAUACAAAAAACUGCACUGGGAAAUUUACACAAAAAGAAAUAAAAAAUAUUAGAGCAUUUUAUUAUGCUAUGUGUGCAGAAACAGAUGCCAUGCUUGGUGAAAUUAUUUUGGCUCUUCGCCAAUUAGAGCUUCUUCAGAAAACUGUUGUGAUAUAUACCUCUGAUCACGGAGAACUGGCCAUGGAACAUCGUCAGUUUUAUAAAAUGAGUAUGUAUGAGGCCAGUGCCCAUGUUCCAUUCUUGAUCAUGGGACCAGGAAUUAAGGCCAGUUUACAAGUAUCAAAUCCCGUCUCUCUUGUGGAUAUUUAUCCUACUAUGCUUGAUAUUGCUGGAAUUCCUCUGCUUCAGAAUCUAAGUGGAUACUCUUUAUUGCCAUUAGCAGCAGAGACAUUUCAGAAUAAACAUGGCUUCAAAAACCUGCACCCAUCCUGGAUUCUGAGUGAAUUCCAUGGAUGCAACGUGAACGCUUCCACCUACAUGCUCCGAACUCACCAGUGGAAAUAUAUCGCCUACUCAGAUGGUAUUUCAGUACCUCCUCAACUCUUCGAUCUUUCUUCAGACCCUGAUGAACUAACAAACAUUGCUAUGAAAUAUCCAGAAAUUACUUAUUCUUUGGAUCAAAAGCUUCGCUCCAUUGUAGACUACCCAAAAGUUUCUGCUUCUGUUCACCAAUACAAUAAGGAACAGUUUAUCAACUGGAAACGAAGUGUAGGACAAAACUAUUCAAAUGAGAUUUCCAACCUUAGGUGGCACCAGGACUGGCAGAAACAGCCAAGGAAGUAUGAAAACAUCAUCAAUCAGUGGCUCAAAAAAAACUUGUAUGAACAAAAUAAUGAUUUUCAAAAACUACAUAGAAGUUUGUUUAAAAAUGUACAACCCACUUUGGAGCCACAAAUGACGAGGACUGUCUCCAAAACCAAUUUGGUGGCGCAUCCAUGCGCACCCGACCCCGUCUCCUGGCCUGGGCGCGUGCGUCUCCAACUAACUUUGGGAACUAGGGAGCGGCACCCGAUGUAG